CUAUACCCUUUGCUAAGCAAUUCUUCGUCCCUGUGAUGCGCACAGCCGACUUCAGUAGACAAGUGACAAGCUAUGUGCUACCUUAGCGAGUUUAAGAUAACCGCUGUGAUUUUAUCCGCCUAUUUAGUGAUAACAAUCUAUUGCACUGAAGGAACAAAGGACAGGUCUGUUCGGUACGAGUGUGGAGGAGGUACUGGAGUUUAGCCAACAAGAAUGUGGGAAACAAUACAGAAGUGCCACUUGUUGCAUCGCAUGCAAGUAUCGGGGCGGCUAACGAAGACGUUCUUAUUGCUGUCUUUCGACUUGAACACAGAGUCAAGAUUUGGAUUGACCACGCGGAUCAUGGGCAACAAGAUUCAGGAGGAGGAAAUAGUGUCUCUUUGUGGCAACUUUCUUGUUGCACCAUUCGCCUUCCACUGAUGCCUCUCUUUGUAUAACAAGAUUCCAGUUACAGUACAAUGACAGUUUAUGUGUGGGGACUUGCUGGCAUUGUGGUGUUCUACAUUGCGAUGCUGGGCAUUGGUAUUUGGGCCGGGACGAAGCAGAAAAACCAAAGUGAGGAGGAGAUCAUGCUGGCUGGCAGAAAUAUCGGCACUAUUGUAGGAGUCCUCACGCUUAUAGCAACAUGGGUUGGAGGAGCUUACAUCAAUGGCACCGCUGAGGUGAUGUUCACAGCAGGACUAGCGUGGUGCCAAGUUCCAAUAGGAUACAGCAUCAGUAUUAUUUUAGCCAUGCUUCUGUUUGUCCGUAAGAUGCGUGAUGCCCGCUAUGUCACCAUGUUGGAUCCUCUGCAGCAGAAGUAUGGGAAUCGCAUUGGUGGCCUCAUGUACAUGCCAGCACUCUGCGGUGAUGUCUUCUGGAUUGGCUCAAUCCUCAAUGCCCUAGGCUCAUCACUGGUGGUGAUUCUUGGUAUUGACAACAAAAUAUCUGUGAUAGCAAGCGCAGUGUUUGCAGCUGCUUAUACGAUAGUUGGAGGCUUCUAUAGUGUCUCUUACACAGAUGUCUUUCAGCUCUGUCUAAUAGUCAUAGGGCUUCUUCUAUCAGUUCCUUUUGCGUACCACAAUGAAGCUGUUUCAAGAAGUGCAUUGUCUUCCAGUGAUUGGAUUGGACAAGUGGAUAGAGCAGAUGUUGGAGAAUGGAUUGACACUUUGCUGUUGCUCAUGUUGGGGGGAAUUCCAUGGCAGGGUUAUUUUCAAAGAAUAUUUUCUAUGAAGACAACAAAGGGUGCACAAAUUUUAUCAGUUGUGUCAUUCUUUGGUUGCAUAGCCAUGGCUGUUCCUCCAGCUUUCAUCGGAGUUAUUGCAAAGAAUACAGAUUGGUCAAGCAUUCAAGGUUUCCAGAGAAAUGUUUCUGAAUCAGAAGGUGAAAUAAUUCUUCCUCUUGUUCUGCGCUACCUGGCGCUAUUUCAGCUGCUGUCAUGUCAUCAGCUGAUGCUAGCAUCUUGUCCUCCAGCUCCAUGUUUUCUAGGAACAUUUACAAAGCUGCAUUUAGGCCAAAGGCUAGUGACCGUGAGAUGUUAUGGGUUUUGAGGAUUACAGUCAUCGUAAUUGCUACAUGUGGAGCCAUCGUUGCGCUGACAGUCGGCAGUGUGUACUAUUUGUCUUACCUGUGUGCCGACCUCAUAUAUGUCAUUCUCUUCCCUCAACUUUUGCUCAUUAUUCAUUGGCCACAUGGAGUUAACACAUAUGGCUGCCUUGUAUCUUACUUUGUUGGACUGUUCCUCAGGAUUCUAGGAGGGGAAAAACGCUUGGGAAUCCCAGCAGUCCUAAAGUUUCCAUAUUAUGACAUAGUUACCCAGACUCAGAAGUUUCCUUUUAAAACUUUGUGUAUGCUAUGUGCUUUAAGUGCCCACAUGUUAACAAGUACAGCAGCAAGAUUUUUAUUUGAACGUGGGUACCUUGAUGCAGACAAAUGUGAUAUACUGAAUUCCUUCCCACACCUUUCAAGAACUAAUAGUGACACAAGACUGGAUAAGGAGUCUCAAGAAUUAUCCCUCUCUGGCAUAUACACCAAGACAGACAAACAAGGAACUGUGAACAUAGCAGCUGUAACUGAUUCUACACAUGAUGUCAGAAGCAAUUAUGUGAGAUAACAUGAUCCAACAGCUAGAUGGGCUUUUCUACUUAGGUACAUUUUGCAAAUGCGUUCGUUCGUAAAGUCUUCUGGAUAGAAGGCUGCAAAGAGAAUGUCAUACGUGCUAAAAUCUUCUUAAACAGUCAGCCACGUGGAAGCUGAAUUACAAAUCAAGUUGCCAGGAUGACAGAGACAGAGAAAAUUGCAACUUUGAUGUGGCUUACUACCUGAGAAGAUUUUAGUGGAUUCAUCCACUAUGAAGGCUUCAACUACCACAGAAUAUUACAUGAUUAAUAUAUUGUUAUGUGGUAGGUAUGAUCAGAGACAAGUGAGGCAAGAGUCUCACUGAGUAUAUAGCCCUGGCAUGGAUCACACAGAAAAUGUCUCUUCCAUUAUUGUACAUUCUCUUGUUGCUGGGGAACAAUGUGUCCACAGAGCUGUUCUCUAGCAACAGCUGUUGUACUGUCUCCUGUUUACAUAGCUGUUACUUGGCAAUGGGUCUACAUAUCACAGUAUAUUAUCAUUGAAGGACUGAGUUGUUUGGUACAAUUGUGAUGUGCCUAACAUGCAUUCAGGAUGUGAUCAGUUUGAAUCUGUGCUGUGGGCAGUGUUAUCCUGAUUGAUGUCUUUUAUGGUUUGUAGGUCAUCACUACUACUUCCCACAUACUUCAUUGUUCAAAAUUCAUAAUCACUCACUUCUUAUUUGAUAUCAUAUAACCACAGCAGUUGAUAUAGCUUUGUACAAUGAUUGUCCAUAAACAUACAAGAUGAUAGUAAUUAUUGCUUAAUUACAGUUACCAGAUAUUCUGAUAAUAGUAUAAACUGCCAGUUAUCCAUUAUCCAAGCUCUGGAAUUCUCAUCCAUCUGUCAAUAAUUUUAAAGGAAAUUCACCAGGUUUACAGAGUUAGUCAAGAAUAAAUUUUCAUUGUGUAUAUGUUCACCCAAAGGUUGCUUUGCAGUAUACAGAAUGUCCUAGGAGGAAUGUGCCAAACUUUGGGAGGGUGUUCCUUAUGUUAUAGUAUGUCGAUAUAACCCA